GCUAGCGGAUCCUAACCCACAACUCGUGGCCGUCAACUACGCCUUUAAUUUACGCGGUGAGAGGGUUUAUCAAAAACCCUAGAAGAACACUCGAAGAGUCUUCAGAAAUGGCGAUCGCACUGAGACGCGCUCUGAUCUCUUCUCGCUGUCUCUCUCUCCUCCUUCGAACGUCUUCUCUCCGCUCUCCUCAUCAUUCGCACUUUCUCUCCUCUCCCGAUCUCUUCAACUCUUCUGCUUCUCACACAGCCCCCAAUUUCCCGGCCAUCAAUUUCAUCGGAGAUAGCCGCAGAGGUUUCGCCAAAGGAAGAAAAUCAAAGGGUGAUGAUGACGCAAACACUGUUGAGAUUGUGGAUAUUGGGCCUAGUGUUAAGGCAACUGCAGUCUCGCUUAUGGAAGCAGCGGUUGACUCACUCUCUCGAGAACUAAGCAAACUUCGAACUGGGAGGGCAUCAGCUGGAAUGCUUGAUCAUAUCAUUGUAGAAACUGGUGGUGUUAAGAUGCCUCUGAGUAGACUGGCUGUUGUCUCUGUGAUCGAUUCCAAAACAUUGUCCGUAACUCCUUAUGAUCCAAAUGCCGUAAAAGAAUUGGAGAGGGCCAUUGUUUCAUCCCCAUUGGGUUUAAAUCCUAAUGUAGAUGGCCAGAGAUUGAUUGCACCUAUUCCUCCAUUGACUAAGGAGCAUAUGCAGGCUUUGUGUAAGGUGGUCACCAAAUCUUCAGAAGAUGUCAAGCAGAGUAUAAGAAGAGCUCGCCAGAAGGCAUUAGAUGCAGUAAAGAAAGCGGGUGCAAGUUUCCCAAAAGAUGCUGCCAAAAGAUUGGAGAAAGAAGUUGAUGAAUUGACUAAAAAGUUUAUCAAGUCGGCAGAGGAUAUGUGCAAGGCAAAGGAAAAGGAGAUCGCUGCAGGCUGAGUGGUCCAAACUUUCAUGAGUACCGAUUCCUCUUCAUUUUGAAGGAUUACACCCAAAGUUCCGCCUUUGAAAAUUUUCAGAUCUCCUCAUUAUUUGUAGCUUUGCGGAAGCUAAAAGCGCUAUGAGAGAGAUGGUUCCAUUUUCUCAGGAUGAGAAGCUGAACUAAUUUUGUUUUUUGCAAAAAGAGUGAAUCACCAUUGCAUACUGUCAAUGACUUCGAUGUAAAGGUAUGCAGGAUCGGUGUGACGUUAUCGUUUGAGAAUAUCAUCAAUUUGGAAACAGGAAGCCUGCUGUGCUUUCAGAAUAUACCUUCUUGGAAUCAAUUUUUAUAAGUGUGUUUCAAGUCGAA